UUGGAAAGCGGGGUUCUUUUAGAGAUCACAAAAGAUUUACCUUCGAAAAUGGAAAUCGACGACACCUUCUACUCGAUACGCUUCAAGUACGGAGUCCAUACCAUCUUGAUGUUCAUCGACAGCCAGCAGAAAUUCUCCGAAAUAACCACCUCGCUGCUCGACGUUCUCCGCGACCGAUUUCCCGACGGCCUCGCCAUCAAACAAGGGUCACCCGAGACAACCGAUAUCCCCGAAGGCGAUGUCGAGCUUGCCUACGCCUUGCCCGUGAACGCGAACGAUUUGUCACAAGGAUGGAAGAACAUCAAGGUCAAGAGCAGCGACACACCUAUCGGAAAGGGGCUGCGGGAUGGCUGCCCUGUCGCAUUCUCCUUCGACCUGGAUGAGCCCGAAUUCCUGGUCGAGAUCCCGAGUCUGGACGAUGAUGUGGAGGAAGAGGAGGCCAUGGGAUCUGAUGAAUGA